AUAGAACUCUCCAAAUAGAAAAUAUAACAGAAAAAAGAUUACUCUUUGUAUCUCCAUAGCCCCAUCGAUAACCAGAAGCUUCAAUGGCGGAACCUCUCGAAAUCAAUCCCUCAACCUCAUCUCAAGACUUCCUUAAUAAGAACACCCAGGUGCCACCACAUGGUGUCUUACAGUCACCAAAUGGCAAUAUUCCGAUGUAUCCAACCGUGUAUCCUCUACUGGUUCCAGGGCUAUUCCCUCCUCAGCAGGAAGAGGAACAAAUGAUUCAUGGACCUGGUCUUUAUGCUGUUUGUGCUCUUCCUUCUAUGCAACCUUUUCCAGGAUAUUCGUCCAACACCCUUAUUCCUUUUACCUACAACAUACCUACCGAACCUAGUGCUUUGGAGACCACGGCAGUGGGUGGCGAGCGAGGACAAGCAGCCGAGCAACAGCAGCAAGCUGGACCCCAAAUACAAGAUGUUGUGUAUAAAUGGAAAUGGAGCAAAAUUCUUCUGACAAUUGAAUCUACUGACUCUGGAUCCACGUGGGUGGCGAGCGAGGACAAGCAGCCGAGCAACAGCAGCAAGCUGGACCCCAAAUACAAGAUGUUGUGCGAAGAUUUCAAAUUGCAGUUCAGCUUGAUUUAA